UUGGGGAGCAGCAGCACUAGUCGUGUCCAGAAAAGGAGGAUUAGAUUCAGUACAGGUACAUCAAACCGUACAUUGUAUAUUCAUCUCUUCGAGUUGUCUGUCAAACGGGACACUUAUUUGUCCAUCACACUCACACAAUGUCGUCAGAAAACCUCGACUCGGACACUCAGGUGGACAACGAGGACGAAAAACAGGACUCCCAAGAGAAGAAUGCAAACCCGGUGAAGGCAGAGGAGGCCAAGCUGAAGGCCAAGUACCCCGGCAUGGGCCAGAAGCCCGGGGGCUCAGACUUCCUGAUGAAGAGACUACAGAAAGGGCAAAAGUACUUUGACUCAGGCGACUACAACAUGGCCAAGGCAAAUAUGAAAAAGCUUCCCGUGGCAGGACCCGACAAGAACCUGGUGACCGGCGACCACAUUCCCACGCCGCAAGACCUGCCGCCGAGGAAGUCCUCCUUGGUGACCAGCAAGCUAGCCGGCUAGCCCCCCAUCACCCUAAAAGCACCUUAAACCCCGGGGGCCCCCCAUCGAAAUGUCCCUCCUCCUCCAUCUAUGUCCAUCCCCUCCCCUCUCUUCCCCCUUUUCAUCCCCAGGCACCACUGGCUUCAACAUGUCGGGCAGAGUUGUAUAAGUUAAAAAAAACUCCAUUUGCUUGUAUGUGGGAGGGAGCCUUCUCUGCCUUCCCACAAUGCACUCCUCUGCCCCUCCGCCCCCUUCCCUCUCAUGUCUUGGUUUUCGUUUCGCUCCAAGAUGCAUCACAGUGGGUGUGUCGUCGGGCAGGGGUUGGACGGGGUGACUUAUAAUGCACUUUGUAGUCUGUAUAGUAUGCUUUUGUUUAGUUUUUGCAUCCUAAAUGACACCAAAAUAAUGUGUGUACGGGAGUUAGGAACCAGGAUUCUUUGGUUCUUCAUGUUCAAUAAUGGCUUGCAUACCAAAUCUGAGUUCUUUAGACACCAUAUUGGGAAAUGGGGGGGAUAUGAACGGAGGCCUUCCUUCGGCCACCUUUCGUCGAACAAAAAUCGUGCUCUGCCAAAGGGGGAUUUAAAGCGCCACUUUACUUUCUCUCUCUGCUCAUGUUGCGUUAAUUCUUGACUCCCUUUUCUCCUGUUCAAUCUAAAUAUGCUGCAUGAUUGUAACAUGUAAGAAAAAAAGAAAUGUAACGUUUUUUUAACGGGAGUGUGGCUUUUGCUUAGUAAUAAGAAGUAUCAAAACAAACACACAGAGCCCUUAGACGUCCACACUUCCUUUCCUUUCCUUUCCUUUCCUUUCCUUUCCUUUCCUUUCCUUUCCUUUCCUUUCCUUUCCUUAUUGCUGUCCCGACAAUCCAUGAACACGCGCUCCUGUAACCGGCCCAGGGCAGGCCAGCUGAGUAUGUCCUUGUAUUAUUUUUAAUGGCGGGGAACCAUGCCAGUCUGAGCUCAGUCUCACUUUGGUUCAAGACGUGUGUUUGCCAUGAGCCUAAAAGAUUUGCGGGGCUAUCGAAGCACCCCGCGUAAAGUAUAUGCUUCUGUAAAUAAUACUGAAACAAGCACGUAAUACGAGAUAAGCUCUCUGAGGACUGAGAUAAAUGGUAGUGCUGAAUCCACUCGCUUGGGAUUGCAUCCUGGGAUUUCUGCCUUUGGUAAUUCUAUGCUUUACCAACAGAGCCAAGUUUCACACUGCAGCUAUCAGUCUCAUAGUCUCAUAUAUCUAUUAAAUGUGGCCUGUUAGCAUCCCAUCAUCAGGUUCACAUUGUGAGGUGGUGAGGCAGACUGAAAACUGGUCUGACUCACUUUGUGUUCAAAUCUCAUGAACGUGUGACGUAAACACGAUCCAGACAUCUUACUGACUUGUCAUCUUUAAAAAGCAGAUUUAACAAUCACUUUGUUAGCAUUUCAGUUCAUAUUGUGACUUAACUGCUGUAUCAGAUCAUAAAAAGUCCCAUUGAAAAGACAGAACUAUCCUUCAUAGAUGUCCUGCAAUGGCAUGUGCAGUGAAAAUAGUUUUCAUACAUUUAGGACCGACCAAAAAGAAAUUAUUCUAGCUGCUUUUUAAAUCUCACACACGACUUUAAUGUAUCGCCUUUUUGUUGGAGAUGGUUUUCUCCAUGUUUUACACUUUAUAUCACAAUCACAGGAAGUGGUAACCAUCUCUGGCAAGUCACAUUGUAAGACACUAAUAAAGCUGCUUCUUCCACCAUCGCCCCGUAGAACAAAGUGUUUCAAACUGAGUCACUACACAGACUGAUCUUUGAUCUCAGGAGGGUAGCAGCAGGAAACCUGCUCACAACAGGUGUCGGAUCCCCAGAUUGUCAUCGCGGGCUUAAAGUGGGACACUGCAUGCCUGCAGGAUGCACUCACCCCAGCACUUGGCAAGGCAGAGAGAGAUUUUAUAACCCACUGCGCGCCUAUCCCACCUGUUAAUGUGGUGCAACCUCUGAGCGAGCAUCAACAAACCUGCAGACUGAAUGCAUGCCGUCCACACGUUGAAGAACUGGACGCUCUCUGAGAAUCAGCCUCCUGUAAAACAAUGCUUCAGGGAACCUUCACAAACGCACUCUCCACCAUGUAGGCUAGGUGACAGGAUGCAUGCACCAUCACAUCCUCAACCUCACUUCUUUUUCUUCGAGAAUAAUGUGUCAAUUGUGCAGUGGGCGAAAGAGAACUGACCUGUACGUAUCUGCUCGUGAUGGUGUCGUAUGAAUGCACUGCUUGUCUCUGUUCCAUCUAUUGUAAAUAGACUUCAACAGGAAGGGAUUUUUGUGUUGUUUCCCCAACUGCUUUUCACUCUUUCAUAGCCUGAGCUAUUUUCUGAUUCAAUGGUUCCUCUCUCCUUUCAGUUUAACACUACUUCUACUCGAUCUUAGUGAAACGCAGAGGCUAUGUGAAUCUGUAUCAUAUGAAAAUAUGUGUAAAUGCUGCUGAUUCAGUCAAAGACAAAUCUAAGCGAUGAUACCCUGUACAAGAACACCUGUCCUCUUGAUUUGACCAGUUCCCUCCCAAGAAUCCUUGUUUAAAGUCAAAUAAUUUGAGAUGUAAAUUCAACCCUACAUUUUUAAAGGUACAUUGCCGAACUUUAUCCAGCUUUUGAUCCAGAAAGAUUCUGGAAAAGCUUUGUGUCACAGACCAUUAAGCAUUAUAUUGUGCUAAAAAGACUAAAGUUUUGUGCUUUAAAAGUUAAGAUUGCUAAAGAAAAUGGGUGUUUAAGCUUUUACAUGUUCUAUUAAACGGCAACGGACAGGAAUUCUUGAAUGCUACUUGAUGUUUGGCUUUGCACAGAGCGGUUCAACGAGAGGAAAUAGCAGGGUAUGUUUCAAACACAAAGGGUGUCUCUCAUUCAGCUAUAUAAACACGUGCCAGAAUGUAAAAAGAAAUGACAGGCUGUGUGCUCUGAAGUACUUUUGUGCUGCUUUUACCUUAUCGGUUUUCUUGUUGUUUUUAUUUGCAAGAAUAUGUUUAAUUUUCUUGUGUUCUCUUACUUACCAUAAUUAGUAUAUUUCAUCCUGGCCCAAGAUUACUACAGGGAAAUCAGAGGCACCCCUUGCUUCCAAGGAAAAAUACAAAUAAGGGUUUACAUGUUAAAAAGGAUGACUGGAGAACACAGGAAUGAUUUAAAGACUUCAGAAAGUACACGAGUACUUGGAUUGUUUCAGUUGUGUGGGAGUAGGUGAGAGGAUUUUUGUCAGUAUUUGAAAUAAACUUUUACAUUAAUACGA